AUGGAACACUAUGAAACGAUUCGUCGAUAUUUCAUCGAUCUGAAUCUAUUCGAUUCGAAAACGAACGAUGCUCAUGUAAAACGGAAUGAAAUUCUCUCAACAAGAAUCUACAUUGUUCUUCUUCUCACUAUCGUCGUUCUAUUUACAUUAUACAUGUGUUUAAUUUCUCAAACAAAUACGAUAACAAUCGCAAAACCAACACAGGAACAAUUUGAACGACUGACAAAUAAAUACGAAAAUAAAUUACAAUGUCUGUGCAAACAAAUCUCGAUUCCUUAUCGACAAUUUAUGAAUAUCCAACCUGUAUUCGAUGAAAUCUGUCUAUCCGACUUUGUUAGUCAGAAGUGGAUUGACUAUUUGUUUUAUGAAAACACAAGUUAUUACUUCCAGUUGGAUUUCCGUCAUAGUGCAGCAUCGAAAUUUCAAAUUCUCCGAGCUUUAUGUGAACAAGCUCGAUUGACAAUCGGUGAUAAUCUGGAAAAAUUCUAUGUGAAUCAAUUUCUAAGUAAUCAAUUGAUAACACAAACUAUUUUUGAUGCUCAGACAAGUUCAUUUAUUGAUUCGUUUCAAAUGACAACAUUUUCCAUAUUUCAAACUUUGUUAAAAUUCAUUCGAAAUCUUGUUAUUUCAAAUGCACUAUUCUCCGGUGCUGAAAUGCUAUCUACACUCCAAUUUGACAACAAUAGUUAUCCAUAUGUGGGAAUGGAGAAUAGUCGGUAUUACCAAGAACGUGUGCAAGGCAAAUUCUUCGGUUGUUAUUGUGAAAAUUUCACGAUUUGUCAAUUACAAGAAGGGAUUUACACACAAAUGAACAUGUUCGAUUACGCUGGAUCUGAUUGGAGUGGAUAUAAAGAUAUCAAUGCAAGUACAAAUAUGAUAAAUGCUACUUUUCUCGUUCGUGGUAUGUUUUCUAGUUGUAAACAUAUGGAAUCGCUGAUGCAAUCGACAAGCGAAUGUUUAUCGGAUCAAUUGUGUUUAAAUCAAAUUGGAUCUUAUAUAAAUCAUUCUUCGGUAUCGAUCAGUUCCUUUCCGAAAUUGAACUCAUCGAAUCCAGCACGUUAUUUGACCAUCGAAACAUUAGCGAAUAAUCUAUUCGUUGGAAAUUGGAUUCUGAAUAAAUCUUAUUCGGCAUAUUUUGCUUCUUGUCAACCCUCGACUUGUCAAUAUACUGAUGCGCAGAAAUAUAGUUUCAUUUACAUUUUAACAUCCGUCAUCACUCUUUAUGGUGGUGUUCGAGGAUUACUCGCAUAUUUCAUUCCAAUCAUCAUUACUCAUCUUCGUAAGAAGAAGAUCCAAUCGCCACCGAGUACUGCUGUUCCUCCACAUCCUCAAAGUACGAUGACAUGGGUGUCAUCGGUCUUUCAACAUAUAUCACAGUUGAACAUAUUCAAUAGUUACUCAUCGGAUGAACACGAACAGAAAAACGAAAUUAUUUCAUCGAAGAUUUAUCUAAUUGCUUUAGGAGCCUGUUUACUCGGUUUCGCGAUCGCACUAUCUCAAGGCAAUCAAUCGAGGACAGUUUAUAUUUAUAAUCCUACACGUUUUCAAUUUGAACAACUGAACAAUCGAUCCACCAUCAAUCUUCAAUGUCCCUGCGCAAAAAUAACGAUCAAAUAUUCGAAAUUUCUUCAUUUCAAUCCCACUUAUCAUCAAAUCUGCAAUAGCAUCUUCGUUUCGAACCUAUGGUACAAUUCCUACGACAUCUGGGAUGUAUCCAUCCCUUGCGUCACCCCAUCAUUUUCUGACUUAGCAUCGUUUUAUUUUUCGUUUCUCUCUACACUGUGCCAAUCAGCUCACGACAUCAUUUACAGCGGUUUAGCUCAAAUCGAUUCGAUGAAUUAUGUCACAUCAGAAGCCAUACUUGAAAAUCAAUUCAAUAACGAAAUGGAAGCCUUUAUCAAAUUAUUCGAACAACGAUUACAAACAUCGUUUCGUGGCCAAUUAGCACUGAUGCAAGGCGUGAUUUUCACCAAUCAAAUCAUUUCAUCCAAAGCAACAAAUGUUUAUUACAACCAUACAAAACUUAUCAACAAUACCAUCACAGUCGAUUCGUAUUUAACUACACAUGAAAAUUGCACGUGUGGAACGAAUCCGAAAUGCUAUACAGAUCUCGCUGUUUGUUCAUCGAAUCGAAUGAAUUAUAUAAAAGGUAUGUAUGUCGGAUGUUUCGUGGUGGAUUCAGUGUUGAUCUCGACGACGGAAUGUUUCUUUGAUGAAACAUGUAUAGAAUUAAUGAAAUCUUCGAUGAAAAAUUCCUCAGAAUUGUAUCAACAAAUGUAUACCUUAAAUAGCUCCGCGGUUAGUGAAUAUCAAAUCAAUGAUUUGAUUGGAACACUUGUUGGAAACCUAUUUAUUGAACAGUGGAAUGAAGUUUACUCAUACAAUGCUUAUUAUAACGAAUGUCAACCAAUCUAUUGUUCAUAUACCGUCCAGCAAACUUCCAGUGUCAUCUAUAUUCUUACGAGAUUGAUCGGUUUGUAUGGCGGUUUGACGUUUCUUCUUGGAUAUUUAGUACCGAACAUUGUGACGGUAAUUCGAAGGAAACGUCAUCAACGCGCAGGUGUGUCUAUUUGGAAUCGAUUUGGGAUUUAUUAUCAAACGACUAAAACUAAACUGAUUGAAUUGAAUUGGUUCGAAAGUAAUACAAACGACGAAGAAAAUCUUCGAAAAGAAAUCAUCACCACUCGAGUGUAUCUCAUCGUAUUUACAUUGGUUUUACUGACAUUGGUUUUUUAUUCUUCCCUAAUCGACAAGACAAUUAAUGUCAAAGUUUCAUUAUCAAGUUUAAGUCAAUAUCAACAAGUUCAAAUGAAAUAUCCGAAUACAUUCAAUUGUCCGUGUAAUGAAAUUUCGGUUCCAUACAAAGAUUUUCUCGUAGUUAGUCCGAUUUAUCAUGAAGUUUGUUCGUCGGAUUUCAUCCAACAAUCGUGGAUUGAAUAUCUGUACAAUGAACAAACCAUUACCGACCAAAACUAUCGCGCAGUGGCGGCCGCACAGUUCCAAGUUCUCAGUUAUUUGUGUAUAAUAGCAGAUGGAACAAUCCAGGAGAGUUUAGCUCAAUUUUACUCCACAAAGUUCAUUACCAAUGACUUUAUUCCAUUUUCAUUGUUUCAAAUUCAAACUGAUUCAAUCGUUGACAUUUUUCAAAAGACUCUCUCACAAACAUUCAACCGACCGUUUGAGAUGACUCAAGAUCUUCUCCAAGGCAAUUCUUUGAUGUCGGUAUUCCAAACCAAUUGGAAAUUCACCGUCUUGAAGACCAGUUCUUGGUCGCCGAUCUACACAAAUCCAAUGUUUUAUAACCAAAUAUGCAAUUGCGGAACAUCAUCGAAGUGUACUCAGCCGGUUUUCAUCAAUAAUACACUUGUCGAUGGAUUGUACAUUGGUUGUUAUCCAGUUGAAACAAUGUUACAGUCAUCACUUCAGUGCUUCUAUAACCAAACGUGUUUACAGAUGAUUUUAUCGUAUUUUGGAGAAUUACCGAAGAAUAUGACGCUUCGAGUGCUUUCAGUGAGUAGCCAAUAUGGGAUUGACGAGACAAUUCAAGAAAUGGUCGAUCGGUUGUUCGUGAAUCAAUGGAUUAUAAAUCAGUCGUAUGAAAACUAUUUUCUAAAGUGUCAACCGACGUACUGCACUUAUUCAUACACUGAAUAUUUCAAUAUUUUUUAUACUAUAACAACUAUUCUUGGGUUAUUCGAUGGAGUGACUGUUCUUUUGAGGCUAAUUGUACCGUUGGUGAUUUAUUUCAUCUUUCGGAUUUUUUAUAAAACGAAGAUUUCUAAUUGUCCUCUAACACAAUAA